AAAAGUCAAGAAGUUCAACAAAAUAAAAAUACACACUGAUAUUGUAUUCUAAACAUUAUUUUACGAUCACAUGAGUAACCAGUUUAACUAACAACAGUUAAUUUUUUCGUAGUUCAAAAUGGCUAAUAUCGUUGAGGCGAAAAAAGCUAUAAGGGCACUGAUUCCUGAUAAAAUUGCCCAAUUAAGCUGUGAAGAAAAAGCCAGGCAAUCGAAAAUUGUAUUUAAUAAGCUAAUAAAUUUACCAGUUUUCAACACUAGCAAGAGGAUAUCAGUAUACCUUAGCACAGCAGAUGAAAUCGACACUGAACCAAUUGUUAGGACGAUUUUUGCACAAGGAAAAGAAUGUUUUGUGCCCAGAUAUUGUAAGGCAGGGAUGCAAAUGGUUAAAUUACGUUCUAUGGAGGACUGGGAGACUUUACCACUAACAAAAUGGAAUAUUAAGCAACCCUUAUUGAAGGAUGUAAGGGAGGAUGCUAUAGAAACUGGUGGUUUAGAUCUAAUCAUUUGCCCAGGAGUCGCUUUUACGAAAAAAGGAGACCGCUUGGGCCAUGGUGGUGGUUACUACGAUGUAUUCCAGAAAAAACUGCGAGAAACUCAAAAGCAAUCCCUUACCAGUGUGGCUGUAGCAUUUAAGGAACAAAUUUUGGACGAACUGCCUCUUACUGAUAGGGAUGUUACUGUAGAUAUGGUUUUAUAUUCCGAAUAAAUGUAUUUUUGUAAUA